UCACCAUUUCUUCGCAACCAAACGAUCAAACUCCUUCAAAGCCUCCAACGAGCUUUUCUUCAAGCUUUUUUCCUUCUUUCCCUCUUUCUAACUGUCUCGCUUUCUCAGUUCUGCUCCCUCGAUUCAGUUGUAUUGUAUGUGUUCUAUGGUGAUGAUCUAGUAUGUCAAACGAUCUGGUAUCACAGCAGUUGUCAAUGUCCGGUAGCCAAAUGGCUCAGCUGGAACCAGUUUCCAGCAAAUUGGAUGCGCCCAUAUCCAUGGGAUUGAUAGGAUUUGGUACCAAUGAUUCCUUACAGCACCAUAUACCUACUAAUAUGUCUAUUGGACAGAUGGUAUCCAUGUCAAAUGAUCUUGGGUUGCAGUUUUCUUUGGCGCAGACUCAGCAAGGUGGAAACACAGAGUCCCAAACAUAUACUCAACUACCUCAACAGCAGCAAGGUGGAAACUUUGGAUCCCAAACAUAUACUCAGCUACCGCAUCAGCGGCAAGGUGGAAACAUUGGAUCCCAAACAUAUACUCAUCUACCAGAACAGCAGCAAGGUGGAAACAAUGGAACCCAAACAUAUGCUCAGUUACCACAACAGCAGCAAGGUGGAAAAAUUGGUUCCCAAACAUAUACUCAGCUACCACAACAGAUCUUAAUGUCUAACAAACCAAUUGGACUAAUAACUCCCACCAUGCUGGAUAGCCCGAGACAACACCAAUUACGAACUCUCAACAAGCGCAAAGCACCAAUGGACCCAAUUUCUCCUAAUUCUAUUCCAGAAAAGUUAUCUUUGCCAAACAAACGAGUGGAAGAAAUGGAACAUAGGCCUUGGUUGCAACCAAUGUCUGCACCUAGUAAAAGACCUGCUCAGGUGCAGACUGGUUCCUAUUCACCUGGAUCACAGCCUUCUCCAGCAUCAAACAAGAAAGCAGUUCCAAAUAAACCUGGGUCAUCAGCUUCAAGGUAUCAGCCUGCACAAAUGCGCCCAUCACCAAGGGUUCAGAUGGAGGCAUUUGAAUCUGUGAGGUCCAAGAUGCGGGAGAAUUUAGCUGGUGCACUAGCCUUGGUUUCUCAGAAGCAAGUUGAAAAUGCUACAGUGGAGAAAAAAUCAAAUGAUGAAGCUGCAGCUUCCCCAGGGAAGAGAGAAGAGGUGUCUCUCCCUGCUGAAUUGGGUUCUGAUAAUUCAGGUGCUGUUCUCUCUAUACCUGCAGAACCUCAGAGGACAUUGAGCUCCAAUCAGGGUGGUUCUCCAAAUGGAAAUAAUAAUGAUGCUACACAAACUGUGCAAUAUAAUGGGCAGCAACUUCAAUCUAGCAAUCUGUUACCUGAUGAGGAUGUUCCAUUUAGUGACAACAUUUUUGCUAGAGAUGAACUUUUGCAGGGAAAUGACCUUUCGUGGGUUUUAGAACCUGGAAUAGAUGUGGCAAAGAAAAAGGAAUUUGAAAUUGAUGGAAAACAAAUCCCAGAUGAUGAAAAAAUUGGAAAGGAUAAUUUAGAGAAAUCAUCACCGUCUCCAGAAGAGUUGCCAUAUCAAAUUGAAGCAGAACUCUUUAAAUUAUUUGGAGGGGUAAAUAAAAAGUAUAAGGAGAAGGGCAGGUCUUUGGUUUUUAACUUAAAGGAUCGUAAUAACCCUGAACUCAGAGAAAGAGUUGUGUCUGGAGAAACCCCAAACCGAUUAUGUUCUAUGAGUGCUGAGGAGCUGGCUUCUAAAGAGCUUUCUCAGUGGAGACAAGCCAAAGCUGAAGAGCUUGCCCAAAUGGUAGUUUUGCCUGAUGUACAAGUUGAUAUUAGACGUCUGGUGAGGAAAACGCACAAGGGUGAAGUUCAAGUAGAGAUUGAACAAACUGACAGUUCUGCAGUGGAAGUUUCUGCUGGAACUUCAGUCACUCAGAGACCUAAAACUGAUGCGAAACGAGCUUCCAUGAAUGAUAAAACUGUUAGGAAGAAAGAUGAAUCAGAUGCUGCAGGUAAAAAGAUUAAUCCAGAAGACCCAAAUCUUACCAUUACCAUUCCUUCAAGUGAGGGACCUGAUCCAAUGCAAGGGUUGAUGGGAGAGGAUGAAUUGAAGGAUGCAGAUUUUCUUCCUCCUAUCGUUUCCCUUGAUGAGUUCAUGCAAUCUCUUGAUUCGGAGCCUCCAUUUGAGAAUUUACCUGGAGAUGCUGGGAAAUCAAUAUGCACUUCUGAUAAGGAUGAUUCGGCAGCUGGGUCCGACUCAAAGUCUUCUGGUCGAGCUUCACAGGAUCUUCCGGAUACAAUGUCUAAUAAACCUGACGGCAUUGAUUCAAGUAAACUGAAAUCUGAUUCAGAUGUUAAGCUGAAUGUCACUCCUACAAAAACGGAAACUAUAGUUUCAGCAGCCACUUUGAAGGGUGAACGUGUCUGGGAAGGGAUGAUCCAGCUGAAUGUCUCAACCAUGACCCCUGUCAUUUGUAUUUUUAAGAGUUGGUGAAAAACUUCUACGAAGGAUUGGCCUGGCCUUCUUGAAAUUAAGGGCAGAGUUAGACUUGAUGCCUUCGAGAAGUUCCUCCAAGAGCUUCCUAUGUCCCGGAGUCGUGCUGUUAUGGUGGUUCAUGUUGUUUGCAAGGAGGGAUCAACCGAGAGCGAGCAUGGGAGCCUUCUCGAGGCGGCUGAUUCAUAUAUUUUGGAUGAGAGAGUGGGUUUUGCUGAGGCUAGUUCUGGAGUGGAAAUUUAUUUUUGUCCCCCAUACGCUAAAACUCUCGAAAGGCUGACCAAGAUCCUCCCAAAGGACCAACUUCAGGCUCUUAAUGCUAUUGAUAAUGGUCUAAUUGGUGUUGUUGUAUGGAGAAGAGCGCCAUUAAUUUCACCCAACUCAACUUCGCACCAUAAGUUCACCACCAAAAAGCAACACUUCACUCCUACUUCUACAUCUAGGAGACCUCAUGAAAAGGAUUGUGCUGUUACUAACAUGAAUACUAAUUUCCCAUCAAAACCGACUUCUGUUUACCAUUCUGUAACCCCUCCUGAUGAUGACGACGAUGAUGAUGUGCCCCCAGGAUUCGGCCCUGCUGCAUCCCGGGAUGAAGAUGACCUACCCGAGUUUAAUUUCUCUGGUGGCUCGAACCCAUCAGGCCCAAAAUACCCAACUGGUAGCCAAUCCCAGCGAGUAGGGAUGACCUCUUCUCAUUUACAUUCUCAAACAUCAUCUAGCCCUGUUGAUCAAAUGAGGGAGCUGAUACAAAAGUACGGGGGGCAAUCAAAUAGUAAUAGUGCGCCAGUGGGGUUUCCAAUGCAACGGUGGAAUGAUGUCGACGAUGAUGACGAUAUACCUGAAUGGCAGCCCCAAACCUCCCAACAGCAGCAUAUGCUGCCACCACCAAACAAGGUCCGUAAAUUCCAACAACCGAUGCAUGCACCUCAUCAGUUACACCACCAGACCUUACCGGCCAUGCAUGUUCAAGGUCAACACGGAAACUGGUGGGUUCCUCAGCCUGGUUCACCUUCUCCAGGCCAACCACUGUUAACGGAUCACAGUUUUAUGGAACAACUGUAGGAACCGGGCAACCUGCCUGGCGAAAAGAUGCUCCCCACAGUAGAGGCUUUUAGUUUCCAUCAUUUUUCGUAAAUCCAGCGUUUAUGUAGCUGUGCCUCUAGCUCUUGUAGCUUU